CGUUCUCAAAUAAAAGUAGAAUCUGACGCGAUUCCUGACGCAAACACGGAUUACCAUUAUUGACAGUGACAUGAUCUUAACCAAGUGUUGACUGCUACCUCGAAACUGAAGAUAAAAUUAAAAGAAGUAAUAAGCAAAUCUAAUUCCUGAUUUGAUUAGAGUAACUCGAAGAAGAUGAGUUAUAUCCACGAAUCCUUCCAGUCGAAGCCUUUGAACAUGGACACCAAGAUGCAGGAGAGCAAAGGGUCUUUCUGCAUAGACGCACUUCUCUCCAGAUCGGAGGAAAGAUCUCCGACCAGCCCAGACACAUCUCGCAGCAUCUCGCCGACGUCCUCGACGCGUAGCCGUAGUCCUCCCAUAUCUCCCGGUAGCGAAGAGGUACCACCGAACCAUUUCGUACCUAGACCUGGCCUCCUCAAUCACAUUUAUCCAAAUGGAGCUACGGCCGCCGGCGCUGCCUUCGCCUACGGCUACCACCAGGCCACCGCCGGACAAUCACAUCAGACAUCCGCCUUCCACAGUCUCGACGGAAACCCCAUGUUGCAAAAAGUCCAAGUGCCCACCCAUCAUCACAACCACAACCACCUGCAGCAGAUGCAACUGGAAUGGUUGGCGCGUACCGGCAUGUUCUAUCCCAGGCUACCAGAACUAGCAGGUUGCGGCCCGGGUCACGCGCUUCUUGGAAAGACGAGGAGACCUAGGACGGCGUUCACUUCGCAGCAGCUGCUCGAGCUCGAGAAACAGUUCAGACAGAACAAGUACCUGUCGAGGCCGAAGAGGUUCGAGGUGGCAACAAGCCUGAUGCUCACCGAGACACAAGUGAAAAUAUGGUUCCAAAAUCGACGGAUGAAGUGGAAGCGCAGCAAAAAGGCCCAACAGGAGUCCAAGAGCAGCAAAGACGGAGAUCAAUCCAAAGCACCGUCCAUCUCCAAAGCUCCAUCAACCUCUCACACCACCCAAGAACCCUCUAGUCACAGCAGCGAGACCGGCGUUCGAAAACCCUCCGACGGAGAAUCUCUCUAUAGGCCCUACGUCGUCUGAACCCCUAAAAGAUAUCCAGUGAUUAGUGUGCACCCACGAACAAUACCAAAAACAUC